AUGCAUUUAAAUAACCUCUAAAAUUCAAAACCUUUGGUUAAUAAUUCAUAGCCUUGGAAACCAGGACAUUCAAUUUCCAGAUUGGUUAAUAAAUAUACCAAUACUCAUGAGAAAGAAAUCUCAGAAUCUAAUAGUAAGCUAUUAAGAAAAAUGAUGGAAAUUCAAGAAAGGAAUGCUGGUUUUAAAUAACCCCCAACUCAUGGUUCCUUAGAAAAUUUGAGAAAAAAAGAGUAAAAUAAAAUAUGUUCAGAGAACUAAACAAUAUUGAAACGUUUGUAGUCUGCAAGUUCUGCUUAUUCUAAAAAAAAUUGGGUUAGUGAUAUCGAAAAGGUUAAGAAAUAUAGAGAGAAUUUGUAAAGAAAAACAAGAACGAAUGAUGAUUUGAAUAUGUUGGCUGCAUAAGAAUAGGUCAAAAGGACUCUCCAUAGUCAAUCUUCCUCAAGAAAAUUAAAAACUAGUCAAGGUCCUAGAACGACAACUUAUGAAUCAUUGUAUUGA